GUAGAUUUAGAAAACAAUAUAGCAGAAAAAUAUAGUAUCGAGGCACAAAAAAAGGAGAAUGCCGAUGAAAUUAAAGAAAAGGAAGCAGAUAUUGUAAAACUCCAUGAAGACAAAGAAAAACUAUUAAAAAGUUUAAGGGAUAUAGAAAACAAGAUCAAAGAAAUAGAUCUGGCAGAAACAGAUACAAACCCAUUAAAAGGUCUGGCAGAAACAAAUACAGAUAACAAGAAUUAUAA